CUUGGUAGACCGGCUAUGUCGGAAGCAACCCGGCGUUCUUUUAGUUUCCUUCUGUGAUUCGAAAAGCACAGAACAAUGUACUAGCAAGAAAUGGCAACAAAAAACGACAAAAAUGUGUUCGCCUCACCAUGGAACGAUAGCGAUAUGGUGUUGGUUCUUGAAGGUCGAGAGCUCCAUGUCCACAAGUGGAUUUUGAAAUCACAGUCGCCCGUAUUCAAAGCGAUGUUUGACGGCCAUUUUCAGGAAGCUAGUGAAGCAAGAAUUACUCUCAAAGAAAAGUAUUUCCAGUCGAUGGUACGGUUUUUAAAAGUACUGUACCCGUCGUCCAUGUUUGGAGAAACUAAGUCACCUUUAGAUGACGAAUGUUGGCUUUCAAUACUAGCACUUGCCGAGGAGUAUCAGUGUGUGAACGUCAUUAAACAGUGUAUUGAUGAAGUCAAAAUCACGCCACAAAAUGCCUUGCAAAUUCUGCCUUAUGCUGUGAAGUACCACCAUACAGCACUGCCUACAAUAUAUGAUGUUAUUAACUGGAGUGCUCCAACAACCAAAUUGGAGAAAAUAGUGCCUGAAAUUGAAAGCAAGGAGAAGUCCAACACGAUGCUUUUAACCAAGUGUCGCUUCCUGGAAUCCGCUGUAGUUAAGAUGCAAGAUGCUAUAAUCUCUCUUAUAGGUGAUUUUUUAAAGCAGAAGAAGAUCGCUGAUGACGCUAAUAAUUCCUUAAGUUCCACAAAAAGGUCAUUAGACGAUGCAAGAAGGAAAAUAAAAGUUUUAGACGUGUCGAGCAGUUAUCCUAUGCCGCUGGGCGGUUAUCCUAUCUAUUCCUAUGGUACGUCUGCCCAAACCUAUCAAGAUAAAACUAAAGCUGACUGCCGAUGUCCUCACAGCGUUGGAGUUCCAGAGAUAAGUAAAACCAAAAACUGUCUAGAUUGUAAAGAGAAGUACAAAGAGAGCUUUCUUGUUCCUAUACCAAGUUGUCAAAACACACAAAUUUUUUUCAGUAUGCUGCGAAGUGGGGAUGACGUAACCACUGCUCUAAAAGGCUGGUAAGGGCAUUCUAUUCUACCGUCCUGUAGUUUCUCAUUUGUCAGCGCUGAUGUAAUUAUAUGCAAUUAAUAAAUUAAAUAACAAUAAUGUAAAAAAUCAGAUUGCAGAGGGGGGCUGGAUUAAAAACUGUGUUUGUGUUAGUUUAUUGUAAUCUUCAACACACAAAACGUUGCUUCCUUAUACAAGAGCACUAUGUCUAUGAAGAAAAAUGCUGCCAAAAUGAGUUAUACAGGGUGUAUAAAAAAAGCGCAACCUCGAAAUUUCCUAAGAAACACUUUGCAAUUCUUAAGCAUAAAAGAUUUUAGGCCCCUGGGAAUUGAAAUCGAAUUGCUAAUAGAUCAUAUUACUGUUGUUGUACAUUAAAUAAAUGCAUAAAUUUUGCUUUAUGCACUCGCGUGUGCAGUAAUUUUGACAGUUGUGCUAUUUUAAGUUCCCAGGCGCCUAAAAUCUUUUGUCUUUAAAACAAUGUCGAUUUCUUGGGAAAUUCCAAGAUUGCGUUUUUUGUUGCAUGCCCAUAUAUGGGCAUGCAACUUUCAUAUAGCUCUAAAUUUCGUGUCGCGGUGUACGGUGUACCGUGUACGGGCGGUGGUAAAUCACGUGACAGAUUCGUAAAAUACGACAAAUGCCGAGUCAGUCCGACGAGCAUUUUCAUCAUUUCAUGUGAUGUGAAAGUUGAAACUUUAAUAUGCACGCUUUUGUUCACGGCUUUCGUCGAGGAAAAUGCAAAGAAAAUAUUAAGUUUUCGUCGAAAAUGUACGUAAUUUGGCGCCUUAGAAAAUUAGAUCCAGGUAGGUAAAGCUUUGCUGUUUUUAAUUUAGCUUAUAUUCUGUUAUUUGUUAUUAUAUUGGGGCGGUUGUGCUCGCACUGAUAUUUAUUUAUCUAUUAUCAGGCGUUUAUGUUUGUGAAAGUCCACGCUACCUAUCAAAAUUUUAAUUUUUUAUAUGCCCAAAUUGAAACGAAGUCAUUGUGCUAGCACUGACUAUAUUGUGUGUAAAACUUCAAAUUUCAAAACUACAUCACAUUCUGUAAAUAUAAUAACAUGAACUAUUGUCUACUGAAAUUUAAUACAACGAUAUAGCAUUCUACUUCGAUAAUUUCAAUCAUAGUCGACUAGUCGAGAUCAUAGUUUAAUAAUUAUUUUCAAUCAUAGUAAUUCACGGAUUCCACGGUUUUAACACUUUCAGUAAGCCACAAUAAAGCUAAAUUUGUAGGAAAAUAUAAACAUUGUUUACUUCGAAUAGUCACGGUUAAUAGUCAAUCAGUGAUAAAACAUUGACCUGUUGACCUUGAUAUUACCGUCCCUUGCAACUACAGAUGAACAGUCGCGAAAAGUUUGAAAAAGUUUUGUUAUUUUGACAUAAUAGCUAUUUUUCAAUAAAUAUAUUGAUAUUAAACUUAUCGAAUCAAUAUGUUAAGUUUCAGGCCAGUUGUACCAAAAUUUAUAAGCGCUUGCAGACCAUAAAGGCGGAUUUCCACUCAGUGCAACAUGUCGCGCGAUUGACAUUUUGCGAUCACUUUCUUCUGAAAUACAAGCAAUCAAACGCAACGGAUCAGGUGGACUGAACGUGUUUCAAAAGAAAGUGAUCACAAAAAGUUGAUCUUGCGAUAUUUUGCACUGAAUGGAAAUCGGCCUGAAGGCUUUAGUCACAGAAUAGAUAGUAGACCAGAAGGGACACUCCUAUGUGUUUUGGCUUGGGAAAAACGUCUGAAAUUUUUUACGUACUAUGACGCCAUCCUGGAGUGUACACGGCACUUUGUACCUAUGUUUGUACCCAUGAAAAACUUCUGUGUGCACUCCAGGAUGGCGUCAUAUGAUUGGGUAUUUUCACAUCAGCACUCGUCGAGUGACACUUCUGGUCUAUUCUUUGCUUUAGUUGUCCUAUGAUUUAUCACGAUGAGAUACAUUUCACUACACUGUACAUGGCGGAUCUCGGAACACAGGCGGAGUCACUGGGCAAAGGAGCUCAGGCGGAAAAGUGUGAAGGAAAUGAAAGGCAACUAAAGCCUCUGCGGAGGGGAGAGGGCAUGCAACAUGUACGCACUGCGUACCUAUUUUUUAUACAUCCUGUACUUAUACCAAUUUUCGGGCGACGUCUGUAUUGACAAAAACGUCGCUUGCUUAAGCUCACUAACAUUGACAUUUUUAUUGUUUUAAAUUGAAAACGAAGUUUAAGCAUUAUCUAUUUUUGUAUUAAUACCCAUGAACUUACCAACGUAUCCUUCCAAGCUUGUUUUGGCAUUCUCAACCGUAGGAAACAUCUAGUAAAAAAAUUAUUCCUUUGGCUUUCUCACUAUGUGUAUAACGUAUAAAGAUGUUAGAUUUAAUGUACAAAAAGAUAAUAAAAUAAAAUUUCAUAAAUUUUGUUUGAUUUAUAUAUUUUACUUAUUCACAAAACAGUAAGUCGCAAUUCUAAGAUCAGUACAUGUGAGUGUCAGGGAGUCUAGAUCACCUUUCUAUAGUAGUAUAGAAAAGAACUUAAAGUUGUGGACGAUCAGUUGGACUAAACGCCAAAGCCGCUGGAGUUUUUUAAUUUUUUAAAAUUUUAGAUGGGAUAUACAGACGUAUCAGUUCAUCCCAUUUUAAAAGUUGUAUUAUAGAAGUAUUUUGAAUAGUGUUUUUGGCAACGUAUAUUUACGAACAUGCGCAGUACAAGAGAAAUGAAUACGUUUGUUUUUGAGAAUCGAACCCAAGUUGACGUUUUAUAAAAUUUUUCCUAAUUUAUUUGUAUUAUUGGUGAAUAAAUUUUUAUACUUUUUUUUACCCUCAAAGUGUUUCGGGGGCGGGGGCUUUGGUGGCGUAGUCAUUGGAGCAAGCGCCUUUCACCUCUGACAUGGUGGGUUCAAUGGACCAUUUGCAUUAUAGACUAAAUUUUGAUCUAGACAAAAAUUUCAUCACAGCUUGAAAGAGCAUCUCAAAAUUAGUAAUAUUCCGAAAUUUCGUUGCGAAAUGUUGUAAAAUGCGGAUAAUAUAUAGCAUUGCGAAAUUUGCAAUUUUCAGUCAUUUUAUAUUACAAACGGGAAAUUGAUGCCCCAACACCAGAUUGGGCUAUCAAUUUCCCGUGCGUAAUACAAAAUGACUGAAAAACGGCAAACUUCGCAAGGCUAUAUUAUCCGCAUUUUACAACAUUUCGCAACGAAACUUUGGAAUAUUACUAAUUUUGUGAUGCUCUUUCAAGCUGUGAUGAAAUUUUUGUCUAGAUCAAAAUUUAGUCUAUAAUGCAAAUGGCCCAUUCUCGCUAUGCACUCAUGUGAAAAGAGUCAACGCUCUGCCGAACGUCGCGGGUUUUCUCCGGGUGCUCCGGUUUCCCCCCCCCACAGAGAUAGUUGACACGGUGGGUUAGGAUGAACACAUGCAGUUAAAUAUAUAUAAUCAUAGUUGAUGUAAAGUGCAUUUGAUCAUUUCCACUAUGGAAAUGAUAAUCGUAAUUAUUAACAAACAUUUCUAAUGACUGCGAGUCGGGUGUGAGCGGCGGUAAUUGAACAGUGAGGUUGACAGAUUAAGUACCCUAGGAUUUUUAUCUCUUUGGUCCGUUCCUGCCCCUAUUGUAUGCAAUUUGCGUGAUGUUUUAGCACAAAUUUAUGUUUGAUCAUAAUCUAACUAAAAAAGAGCUUACCAAAUGCACGAUUGGCUCAUGAUCUAAAGAAGUUGUUUUGUUAGUUGCCGCUAGCAAUAAAAUUAAUAAAAUAGUAACUUUUACUUUAAUUUAUAAUUACUAAAGUUUAAUCUGGCUUAUACCAAUAAACAGACAACUUUUGAAAGCUUGAAAAAAUCACUAUCCGGCCGUGGAUAUAUAGUGCCACACGGCUUUCGUACAACUAGCUCCAGGUUUACCGCGAAGGCGGAUGAUCGAUCAAGACGGACUUGAGUCUGUUCAAACACAGCAAACAGACGUAUGAUCCGUCAAUAUGUUCGAACUGUCUCUGUAUCGUCGGAAUGUGGAAAACUGUUAGGAAAAUGUAAGAUACACCAUUUGUUCCCAUAACCAUUGUCAGUUUUGCCCUCAUGUAGAUUGUUCGUCUUGUGGUUACACCAGGAUGGAUGAUCCGUCAAGACGGAUGAUUCAAGAUGAUGCACCAGAACGUCUUCACAGACGCAUGAUAUAUAUCCGCAUUUAUACUUAACAUAUUAAUGUACUAUAGGUUACCGAAUUUGUAUUUUAUCUCAACUAUUUAACUGCCUCUAUAUUAUGAUAUAAAUUAUGGAUUCCAACGAUGUCCAUGUACAUCUGGUUGACUGUAUUGACGGUCCCAAAGCCAUGGUCGAUCUAUGAGGGAGAAAUCUUUAUUACAACCUCUGAGGAGUUGAAUUGAAGUUCUAUAACAACCAAACAGUCAAGAUUACAAAUGGUACAGUGCAGAACUAAUUACCUUCAUUAGUGUAUGGUACCACUGGUAGAUCAAAUGGUAACCUCAAGAUAACACCAUUAGAUUCUGCUUGAUUUUCAGGUAAAUUGAAGAACUUUUCUGAUGUGUCCUAGUUUAAAAUGAUUGCAAGAAAACAAAUACAGUAAAUGCAAGCUAAUAAAAAAUGUGCAUGGUUAUGUUAAUAAAGUCAAAUACUUACAAAAUCUUGUGGUAAAAAUAAAACUCCAAUCUCAUACGAUCUGAUCAUAAGUUGACUCCCGUUCUUUUCCAAAGCACCCCAAGCAGCUUUUGAUAGAUUAGCACUGGUAAUGAUCAAAAUUUUAAUAUAUUAUAAUAGACCGUCCAUCCCGCUUUUUCUAGUGUCUAGUGUCUAGUGUUUCCUCCAGAAAACUGUGAGAGUUUCCGUAUGGUCGAUUAAUAAACCUGGCUUCCAUGCGUAUUAUGAUCGUAAUGGUUGGUACCAUGCCCAUGGCAAAUUAAAGUGAUCGAAGUAUAAUUUUUGUCUCUGUUAUCAGUGAAGACUGAUUUACAUACAGCACACCAAAGACAAGAUAGAUCCAGACUAUUUCACAUGCAAUGCAAUAUACCGUUGAUACAUCUCUGUUAUCAGUAAAGGCUGAUUUACAUACAGCACACAAAAUACAAGAUGGAUCUAUACACUAAUGUCGACACUAUACCUUGUCAUAAUGAACCAGGCUGCCUUGGUUAGAUCUGGUGAUAUUCUCGUAUAAGAUUUGAGAUGUGGUGAGGCACGACUACGUCCCAAACACUCACUCUUCCAACGGCUAUCAAAUAUAAAUGCAAAGUUUUCAUCGAGACAAUUUUAACAAUGGAUCCUACACAGGUUAUUGUUAUCAUGUUGUACGGGCUAAUUUUUUCGUUUCUCCCUGAGUAUUAUAUAGUGUUAUAUUGACAUUACUGGAUAGUGGACACAAAAUUAAUUAGCAGAAUCGUUGCUUACCAAAAGAAAUCCUUUAGAUAUGGUUGUUUAGCUGCAGUUUUCCAACUGUAAGGCAGGGAUCCUCCAGCUAUAUAAAGAACAAAAAAGCCAUCUAGUUAACAGAAUGAAAUGCAUAAAGCGUAACUUCAACCUGUGAGAUCGUGGGUUCGAUUCUCGCUAUGGACUCAUGUGAAAAGAGUUUGUCAAUGCUCUACCGAAAGUCGUGGGUUUUCUCCGGUUUCCUCUCACAGGGAAAGUUGGCAGAGUGGGUUAGGAUAAUCAUAGUUAAGUAGUAUCACAAUUGUUGUGAAGAUAAUAAUAGCCUAUUAUUAUUUAUUGACAAAUAUAGGUACAACAUACAUUAUAUAAUAUUAUAGGAUCAUUUUUUUUAUAGGCUAAGUAUGUAAUUAGUAGAGGUGUGCAUCGGAUCGGACGUUUAUAAUCCGACAAUUGGCUAAUGUUUAAAAUCCGAUCCAAUCCGAAAUUGUCUAAUCCGAUCCGAGUUUUGAUAAAGAAUUCCGAUUCGAAGAAUCCUUUAAUAAAAUAAAUUUUUCAUUCAAGUGGAAAUAUUUAACCAAAUAAAUAUAAAAGCUGGGUCUCACUUCCGCCACGCCCCCCAAACAGCUGCUGCGAGCGGAGGUGAGACACUGGGAACGAAGUUGGUCAAGAAGCUGACAAAGUGACGUCCAAUUGAAGUAUCAAACGAAUUAAUAAUGCAGCGACAACCGCGCUGUCGUGGACAACUAACUCAUUUUAUUUUGAAUAUCGAAGUCCGAUCCGACUACGAAACAACUUUAUCAAUCCAAUCCGAAAUCCAAUCGGAUCUGAUUCGGAUUUGCACACCUCUAGUAAUUAGGUAACUGCGUAUAAUACUUGAUGUAAAGCGAAGAUCAUAUCCACAUGUUAAUUUGCGCUACAGAAAUUUAAUUUAAUUUAAUUUAAUUUAUUAUAUAAAGUACAGUGCUUUAUGUACUGUUUAAUAAACGAGCAGGAGUGUUUUAUUAGGUUUAAAGACACGAGCGCGCAGCGCGAGUGUCUUUAAUAAAACACGACCUGCGAGUUUUUUAAAUGACUUCAAAAACAUUUGCAUAUUAAGUCAAAUCUUUAUAUAAAAAUCUUUAUAUAAAAAUCUUUAUAUAAAAAUCUUUAUAUAGUUUGCACAACAAUGGUCUUUUGUUAAAGUGUUCUUUAGCUGGUAUAAAGACGUAUGCACGUGACUAAUUUCUUACUCAAUUAUUAAUGAGUUUUUGAAAGAGAUUUCAAGCACUGAUAAAAGUGAUGAUCUCACAUGUGAGAUUAUUCAUGAUAAUCUCACAUGUGAAAAUUAUCUUUUUCAAUUAUCGCUUUUUUGUAAAAAUUAUCACUUUUCAAGGAUUGUCCUUUAUAUAAUAAACAGAAAAAUGCAUGGAUGCUUGGAAAUACCAGAUUUAUAAAUUUGGCAUUUCCGCGCACCAUGUAUUAUUCUCUAUUUAAUCUACGUUCAUUAUUCUAAAUAAAUAAUUAUUAACAUCGUCACUACUUUUGUUCUUUAACAGCAUAGUUUAUCGCAUCCCCCAUUAGAAGCAUGUUGAAAAAUUUCUGUACAGAUUGUACUCCCUGACAACUGGGGAUAGGAGCAAUAAAUUUAUCUUUGUAUUUCUUUUUACACUUAACACAGCUUGUUUUAUUUAUUUCUCGAAUACUAAUACUGUGAGGGCACAGAGAAUGCGCUGUAGUUUUCCCAUUGGUAUACGCCAGGCACGCCAUAAGGGCAAGGUACUAGCACUUGCAGAAGAGUACCAGUGUGUAAAUCUUAUUAAACUGUGUAUUGACGAAGCCAAAAUCACGCGAGAAAAUAUCUUGCAAAUCCUGCCUUAUGCCGUAAAGUACCAUCAGGCAGCACUGCCCGAAAUGUGAAAUGCCGAAUUUGGAAAGCAAGGAAAUCUCCAGCUCCAACAAGAUGCUGUUAUCUAAAUGCCGCUUCCUCAUGGAAUCUGGAAUAGUUCAGAUGCAUGAUGUGAUAAUUUCUCUGAUAUGUGAUCUUUUACGGCAAAAAAAGAUUGCAGCGAAUGCUAAAAUGUCUUUUAAAAAAAUAAAAGAUGAUCAUGAAAAAGGCACUUGUCCCGGUGCUUGACAACCGACUUUUAUCAUCUAAAGGUGCCCUAGCUUCCCCAAACAUGGAUGACGGGUAGAGUAUUUUCAAAAACUGUACCAUCGACUGAAAAUCUUUUUCUUUGAGAGUGAUUUUGUCUUGACUAGCUUCCUGAAAAUGGCCUUCCAGCAUCGCUUUAAAUACGGGCGAGUGCGUAAUGAGAAUCCAUUUGUGGACAUGGAGUUCAUGAUCUUCAACAACUAACACCAUGUCGCUACUAUUCCAUGGUGAAGCGAACACCGUGUUGCCAUUUGAUAGCAUUUUAUUCUGUGUUGCUUUAUAGGCGUGGUUGUUCCUUCGUUUUCUUUCGAAGACGCGAAUAAAACUAAAAGACACGUAGAGUUGCUUCCGAGAAUGAUUUGGGCAAUUCCACUUCCUUCUGGUUGACCUCCGUGAACUCUGCGACAUGCCAUAUUUCCGCCAGCGGGUGGAUUAAUCACAUUCUGCAGAAAACCAUUCUUGAAUAAAAUAUGAAUAUUCAUGAUAUGACAUUAGUCACCAAUGUAACCAUCCAUUCUUGUUCUGACAUAUCUAGUACGAAAAAUGUUCGGUUAAUUGCUUUGUGAGAUUCAAGAAAUAUACUAUGGUUUCAGAAGUACUUCAUAUUUUCCUACCUUCGGGAACAUGGGCCAUGGCCAAGGCAAUGUUUCUUGCUUUGUCACAUUUAUUGGAGCGGCUGGAGGUGGGCCAUAAACAAUGUUUCCUAACUUGAACCCCGCGCCUUUACCAAACUUUUAAUGCGGAAAGAACCUAUGCGGAAAGACCUUGUGCAACCUAGUUUCGUAUGACACGGAGUUCACAGAGGUUACCCAGACGGAAACAGAAUCACCCAAACCAUUCUUGGAAGCAACUCUACGUUCUUUUGGAACACCCAAGCUUUUUAUAUAUAUUAUAGAGCACACAAAACAAAGUAAGAGCAAGACAUGGCAACAACAAAAAACGAAAAAAAUGUGUUCGGCUCACUAUGGAAUGAUAGCGAUAUGGUGUUAGUUGUUGAAGAUCAAGAACUCCAUGUCCACAAAUGGAUUUUAAAAUCACAGUCGCCCGUAUUCAAAGCGAUGUUUGAAGGCCAUUUUCAAGAAGCUAGUCAAGACAAAAUCACCCUCAAAGAAAAAGAAUACAAGUCUAUGGUAAAGUUUUUGAAAGCGCUCUAUCCCUCAUCUAUGUUUGAAACAGCUAAAACACCUUUAGAUGAUGAAAGUCGGUUGUCAAUAAUAGCGCUUGCUGAUGAGUAUCAGUGCGUGAACCUUAUUAAACAGUGUAUUAAUGAAGUCAAAAUGACGCCAGAAAAUGUGUUGCAAAUUUUGCCUUAUGCCGUAAAGCACGACCAGACAGCACUGACAAAAAUGUAUGAUGUGAUAAAUUGGGGUGUUCCAACAGCCAAAUUGAUGAGAUUAUUGCCUGAAAUUGAAAGCAAGGAGAAGUCCAACACAAUGCUUUUAACCAAGUGUCGCUUCCUGGAAUGCAACGUAAUUGAGUUGCGCAAUGCUAUACUCCCUCUUAUAAGUGAUUUUUUACACGAAAGAAGUUACGUUGUCGACGCUGAAAAGUUCUUAGAGCGUGCAGGAAAGUUAGAAGAGUUCAGAAAGUCCAGAGAUGAGUCGACAAAUGAUAGUAGCUUCUAUGGCUCCUUUCGCAAGGGUCGUAAGGAUAGUUUUUUCGCCCGUCCCAGUACUCCUUCGGAGAUAAGUGUAAAAGACUCUCGAUGCUCUCACAGUGUUAACGUUUCCGGGAUAAAUACAACCAAAAGCUGCCCACAUUGUCAAGAACAGUACAAAGAGAAGUUUCUUAAGCCUAUCCCCAGUUGUACGAGGAUACGAGAUUACUUCCUCAUGCUUCGAACAGCGGCUGAUGUAGCCGAUUGAAUGUAGCCACAUGUUCUGUCUAAAACCGGUAAAACCAGUCAGAAGUUUUAAUUUUUCAUUUCUAAUAUAAUUAAUAAAUUGAGGAUAAAUAAAUUGUCGAUGAACUUAUCUUUAUUCAUACUUAUUGCGUAUACUAUCUGUAAAGCACAUGUAAUGCAUUAAUACAUAAAGAAAACAGAAAGGAAAUCAUGACUGUGUGUAAAUUGCUGUCACAGAACAAAACUAAAUACAAUUCUGUAGAAUUGGUGUUCUAUAGGUAUAUAGACAGUCUGAAACCAGUAGUUUUAAUAAGUUUUCAUCACUUGUAUGUAGUUAAUCAAUCAGCCUUUCUCACGCCCGCCAUUUUCGGGGUACUGUAAUUUUUCGUAAACGAUUAUAACAAUGUAGAAAGCAAUAUUUUAGAACAAACUAACUAUUUACAGAGUAAAUUUACCAUCAUACACCUACAAAAUUAUAAAAUGUCGCCGUUAAUACGUGGUGUUACGCUCGCAGGAUUGGCAACUAAGUAGCCCAAAAAUGGCGGCGUGAGAAAGGCUAAUUGAGGAUAAGUAAAUUGUUGAUGAACUUAUUCAAAUUUCUUGCAUAUACAAUCUGUAAAACAAGUAAUAAUUCAUGUAGAAGCUUUUCUGAUACAAAAUCCUGAUGAUUUAUAAGAGUUUAAGUUCAUUUUCAUUACCAAAUAUCAUUCAUGUUUGUAAGAUUAUUGAAGAAUACGAAAGUUAUCUCCCCACCAACUACCUGAGACCGAGGUAUGCAGUCUGAAUGCGCUCUGUCAGUUCCGUGUACGUUCCUGACACAUACUCGGAAGCAACACCAUGAUCUUUUUACUCAGCAGGGUUAGGGGCGGACCAUUUGAUUUUUUAUGGAGGUAGAGGGUUAGAUUUUCUUUGAGACCAGUGAUAAUUUUUUUGAUCUUCUAAUACUUCUCGAUCUUUUUUGGCGUUCAAGGUUCUUGCACGAUUAUCUCGUGGGCACCGAUAUAAAAAAUGCAUUGCCCGAUAUUUUUCUGUCCGUUUGUUCGGUGCGGUAUUUUUAUAAAGUUAAAGUGCUUGCCCGAUAUUCUGCCCGCCCCUUACUAAUAUUAUGGUCUCAAAUGCCGCCAGGCAGGCCUAGAAAACAUAGAAAAGACAACUUUUGUUAAACAUUUUCCUUGGCGCCUCUGGGCAUUGUCACCAGACCCCGGCCAAAGCAAGCAGCAGCACCCCCCAGAUUUUUAUCCACUCCCCCCCCCCUGAUCUAGGCAAGAAGAACAAAAUCCAUCACCACAGCUAGAAAGAGCAUGUUAAAAUUAGUAAAAUUGCAAAGUUUGGUUGUGAAAUGUUGUAAAAUGCGGAAAAUAUAGCCGUACGAAAUUUGCAAAUUUUGUAUUAAUUUGUAUUACGCACGGGAAAAUGCACAACUUUCGGCCCAAAUGUGGUGCAUUUUCCCGCAUGUAAUACAAAUUAAUACAAAAUUUGCAAAUUUCGCAGGGCUAUAUUUUCCGCAUUUUACAACAUUUCGCGGCCAAACUUUGUAAUUCUACUAAUUUUAACAUGCUCUUUCUAGCUGUGGUGAUGGAUUUUGUAGUUCUUCUUUUGUUCUUCAUUUAGUCUAUAGCUGGAAUCAUCCAUUAAAUGACGAAGAAAUGUGUAUUUUUUAUUUUUUUCCAAAUAUUAAAUCACCUAUGAAAUUAUACUAAAACAAUUAUUCACCUCAGGCCAUUGAACUAUAAAUAAACUGGAAGGCUAACUCAGGGGGGGGGGGGGGAGCCAGUGCAUUUUAGUUUUUCUGAGUCAUGAGCAGAAAUACUCAACACUGAACGUUGGGCUAUAUAUCAAAUUGAAGCUAUUGAAAAACGCUAUUUGGUGUAGAAAUUUCAAGACUUUAGCUAAAAGGGAAAUAUUGAAAAACUACAAACAUAAUUACCGAUAAUUUGCCGUUUUGCAGUUGUUUUUGUAUUUUUUAAAUAUUUUGCUUUUCGCUGAAGUCUUGAAAUUUCCACACCGAAUAGCAAUUUUCAAUAGCUUCAAUUUGAUAUAUAGCCCGACGUUUGGGGACAAGUAUUUCUGCUCAUAACUCAGAAAAACUAUUUUGGCUUCAGCAAAUCAUAGGCCUUCAUCAUAGCAGUUAGCCUUCCAGUUUAUUUAUAGUUCAAUGCCUCAGGCUCGGUGAUUAUCGUGAAUAAAAACCUCGACUUCGUCUCGGUUUUUAUUCACCGAUAAUCACCGAGCCUUCGGCGAAUAUAAUUGUUAAGUAUUUAAUUAAAAUAUUGGAGCUCAGUGGUUGCCGCAAUUUCUAGCCCAAGAUGCUGUAAGAUCAGUUUGAGAAUAGAAAACCAUAUAAUGUAGAAUGGAAUGUGAUUAAACAACUCGUUGGCGGAAGUAUGCACAGGGCCGUACACAGGAUCAUUCCAUCAGGGGGACAGUAAGACACAUGUGCUGAAUUGCUGAAAUAGGCAUCGAAAUCCCCAAAGAACAAGUAAUAAUAACAUCACAAAAAUCGUUUUCUCGUGGGGGAGGGAGAGUUUAUCCCCCUCCCCCCCCCCGCCGUACUAUAGUUGCGUAUGUCAGAGUUCACAGAGGGUCAAACAGAAGGAAACAGAAUUACCAAAACAUUCGGAAGUAACUCGACGAUCUCUAGUUUCGUUCUGCGAUUCGAAGAGCACAGAACAAAUUACUAGCAAGACAUGGCAACAAAAAACGAUAAAAACCUGUUCGCCUCACCGUGGAAUGAUAGCGAUAUGGUGUUAGUUGUUGAAGAUCAAGAACUCCAUGUCCACAAAUGGAUUUUGAAAUCACAGUCACCCGUAUUCAAAGCGAUGCUUGAUGGCCAUUUUCAGGAAGCUAGUCAAGACAAAAUCACUCUCAAAGAAAAAGAAUACAAGUCCAUGGUACAGUUCUUGAAAUUACUCUACCCGUCGUCUAUGUUUGGAGGAACUAAGUCACCUUUAGAUGACGAACGUCGGCUGUCAAUAUUAGCGCUUGCAGAGGAGUAUCAGUGCGUGAACCUUAUUGAACAGUGUAUUGAUGAAGCCAAAAUCACCCCAGAAAACGUCUUGCAAAUUCUGCCUUAUGCCGUAAAUUACCACCCGACAGCACUGCCUAAAAUGUAUGAUGUUAUUAACUGGAGCGCCCCAACAUCCAAACUAGAGGAAGUAUUGCCGAAACUGGAAAGCAAGGUCAAGGAAAUUUCCCGAUCUCAUACGAUGCUUUUAACCAAAUGUCGCUUCCUGGAAUCCGGCAUAGUUGAAAUGCAAGAUGCGAUGAUUUCUGUGAUAUGUGAUUUACUGAAGCAAAAAAGAAUGCCAACACAGACAAGAAAUAAUUCUGGUUAUAUAGCAUGCGCCUCGCCGUCCUCGGGGUUUAGUUUCGGCAGCGUUGACGUUGACCAUGGCCAGACAAAUAAGGUGGACUCUCGAUGCCCUCACAGUAUCAAUAUUCAAGAAAUAAGUAAAACAAAAAGCUGCGUUCAUUGUAAAGAGAAUUACAAAGAGAAAUUUAUUGCUCCUAUCCCCAGUUCUAAGAACACACAAACGUUUUACAACAUGCUUCAAAGGGGGGAUGACGUUGCCACUGCUGUUAAACAACAAAACUAACAAUUCCAUUCUAUAUAGACAGUCUGAAACUAGUAGUUAUAAUAUGUAAUUUUAAAUCGAGGAUGUGUAAAAUUGUUGAUAAACGUACCUACAUCUCAUUUUAUAUUGCGUAUACUAUCUGUAAAACAGCUGUAUAAAACAUUUAACAAAUAUAAAACAUUGUCCGUGUUGAUAUACAGUUAUAUCAACACGAGUGGAAAUUGGGAAAACGAGAAAUUGUGUGGAAACACAACGACGCCCGAAGGGCGGAGUGUUUUCACACAAUUUCGAGUUUUCCCAACUUCCACGAGUGUUGAUAUAACUAUAUAUCAAUACGGAAAAAAUGUUUUAUAUUUGUUUUAUAAUAUAGCAAUGUCAAAAGCCCGAAGAAUAAGAAAAAUUUCCGUGUUACAAGCGGCGGAAAAUUUCCCGUGUUGACAUGGAGUUAUAUCAACACGGCUCUUAGCCAAUCAGCGUUCAGAAUUUACAAAUGUUAUAUUAUAAUAAUAAUUCAUGAAGAAAACAGAAAGGUGAUCGUGAAGUACCUUGACAAAAAUACAAGCAAAACCUCGAAAUUUGGCUUGUAUAUUUGAGUGGUUGAAUCUCUGUUAAUCCGAAGGUUUCUUUCAGUAUAUAAAUGUGUGUUUGCGUUAUGCCCAUAUAUCGUUCUGCCCAUUGAUUUUAUGCGGCAUUGAUUGUAAAUGUGUUUAUAAAUGUUACACAUGUGCGGUAUGAUAUUAAAUUACAUAUUAAUAUGGGGAGGAAGGCUGGUCUUAAACUUUGCGUACAGUAAUUAAGAAUGUAGAUCUGGUAUGAUUUGGUAUGUCUCUUAACCAUUUUACUCUAAAAUAUGGCCUUAAUUAAUUAAAUUAAGGUAAAAUUUAAAUUUGUAUUAAAGCUCUCUGAUUGGUUAUAGAUGUUUUAUUUGAAUCAAUCACAGAGCUUUAAUACAAUCAUCCAAUCAGAAGACAGAGUCAGGAUCUGACCCUAAUUCAAACUGAUUGGCGCGGCUCGAUGAAUCAAUUGCCGCUUUCAACCGGAGGUUUAUUUUUCUUCUCCCCUUCGCAAUGAAAAUAAUAAAAAUAAACCUCUGGAACCAGGGUACUCGAUUCGGGUCACUUAGGGACCGAUUACAUGGACAACUUUCAACCCCGGGGUUGAACUCAGCCCUGUUAACCGGGUUGAAAUUUUUUGCGAUUACAUGGACGAUUUCAACCCCGGGGUUGAAACGCUAUACUAUACGUUCUCGGCAUCGAUACUCGGAAGUAAAAAAGCCUUUAUUUUGUUUUCUUGUAAUAAAUAGUCACUACCACGUAUGCUCGAAUAACUCAUGAUAAUUUCAGCCCUAGGUUGAAACGAUUACAUGACAAAAUUUUCAACCCAGGGCUGAGUUCAACCCCGGGGUUGAAAUUUCAACCCUGCUUUGAAGCAGGGUUGAAAUUUCAACCCCGGGGUUGAACUCAGCCCUGGGUUGAAAAUUUUGUCAUGUAAUCGCGCGUUUGAUUUUGAUAGAGUUUUGUAUUACAGACAGGGCUGAAAUUUCAACCCGGUAAACAGCCCCGGGGUUGAAAAUGCUCCAUGUAAUCGGCCCCUUAGUUUACCUCGGGCCUUCAGCCCUCGGGAAUUUUACUAAAUGACCCUCAUCGAGCGGCGCCCAAGGGAAUUUUACUAAACGACCCUCAUCGGGCGGGACGUUUUAAUACCUAAUUCGCCUCUUUUUAUGCUAUUACUUAUAAUAAAACCAUAUAAUGUGGAAUGUGAUCAUAAACAACUUGUUGGCGGAAGCUAGUAUGCACACAGGAUAUUUCCAUCAGGGAAUAUGCACAUGCAUGUGCUGAAAUAGACAUCGAGAAAGUUUCCUCGCGGGUGAGGAGGUCUGGUGGUCCUCCCUGCAUGUACCAGACAGAGGUGACAAAGGGUCAAACAGGAGGAAGCAGAAGUAUUCGGAAGCGACUCGAUGUUUCUUUAUUUUGCGUUCUGCGAUUCGAAGAGUACUAGCAAGAAAUGGCAACAACAAACGACAAAAAUGUGUUCGCCUCACCGUGGAACGAUAGCGAUAUGGUGUUAGUUGUUGAAGAUCAAGAACUCCAUGUCCACAAGUGGAUUUUGAAAUCACAGUCGCCCGUGUUCAAAGCGAUGUUUGACGGCCAUUUUCAGGAAGCUAGUCAAGCAAGAAUUACUCUCAAAGAAAAGGAUUUCCAGUCGAUGGUACGAUUUUUAAAAGUACUGUACCCGUCAUCCAUGUUUGGAGAAACUAAGUUCCCUUUAGAUGAAGAAUGUCGGCUGUCAAUAUUAGCACUUGCCGAGGAGUAUCAGUGUGUGAACCUCAUUAAACAGUGUAUUGAUGAAGUCGAAAUCACGCCACAAAAUGCCUUGCAUAUUCUGCCUUAUGCUGUGAAGUACCACCAUACAGCACUGUCUAGAAUAUAUGAUGUUAUUAACUGGAGUGCUCCAACAACCAAAUUGGAGAAAAUAGUGCCUGAAAUUGAAAGCAAGGAGAAGUCCAACACGAUGCUUUUAACCAAGUGUCGCUUCCUGGAAUCCGCUGUGGUUAAGAUGCAAAAUGCUAUAAUCUCUCUUAUAGAUGAUUUUGUAACGCAAAAAAAGAGCGCUGAUGAUGCCUUAAGCUCUACACAAAAGUCAUUAGACGAAGCAACAAGGAAAAUAAAUGAUUUACAGCCACCUGCGGCGAAAAACGUUAUUAUGAGUUUAGCACACGUUGGUGCUAAGCAUAAGGGUCGUCAUUCCACGCCGAUCGGUUAUUCGAGCGCCUAUGCUGCCAUGCCAAAGCAAACCUAUCACGGUGCCUCGAACACUACAGCUGACUAUCGAUGCUCUCACAAUGUUGGAGUUCGAGAGAUAAGUAAAACAAAAAGCUGCAUACAUUGUAAAGAGAAGUACAAAGAGAAAUUUCUUGUUCCUAUCCCAAGUUGUCAAAACACACAAAAUAUUUUCAGCAUGCUUCAAAGUGGGGAUGACGUGGCUACUGCUGUAAAAAACCAAAUAUAACGUCUUAACGAUGUAAUGUUUCAUUCAGUGGUUUCAUUCCACCGUCCUGUAGUUUCUAAUUUAUCAACGCUGAUAAUGAUAUGCAAUUAAUAAAUUGAGUAAUUAAUUAUUGCAAUAAUAAAUUCUAAUAAUAAAUAUUAAAGCCCAGCAAAGUGCUUUUAAAAGAGCCAAAAACCAUUAAAUUUAAAAUAUUUUUAAUAAAGAUUUAGUAACGU